AUGGAUGCUACAAAAUUACCUGUAUUCUUCCUCCUAUUUACAAUAUUAGCAAUCCUACCAAUCCAUAAUCAAGCACAAAAUUCCACCAUUGAUCCUUACAAAUUACUCCACCUUAUUCCAAAUCCUGACGGUUCGAUCACUCGAAUUAAGGAAUUCUAUCCUACCGUACCACCCAACACUUCUUCUGUUGCAUUCUCUAGGGAUGUCCCUCUCAACCACGAUAAAAACACGUGGAUUCGACUCUACUUACCCAACAAGUCCGACCUCGUAAACCUCCCGAUCAUAGUCUAUGCACACGGUGGCGGGUUUAUUAUUCUUAGCACUGCCACCCCUAACUUCGACUGGUUUCUCUCCAACACGGCGAGUAACCUCACCGUGUUGGUUGUCUCGGUUGAGUACCGACUCGCACCCGAACACCGCCUCCCUGCGGCUUACGACGACGUUUUGGAGGCCUUGCAUUGGGUAAAAGAAAAAAAAGAUGUGUGGGUGAACAAAUAUGCGGAUGUUACAAGGUGUAUUUUGAUGGGGGAGAGUGCAGGGGGUAACAUUGCCUACAACGUAGGAUUAGGAGCGUCUAUUUUAAACCAUCAGCUUAAGCCGUUGGUUAUUAAAGGUUUGGUUUUGAUCCAACCAUUUUUUGGCGGGUUAAAUCGUACCGGAUCUGAGUUGAAACUACCCCAUUCGGCUGGCUUACCCUUGGUGAUAACGGAUCUUAUGUGGAAUUUGUCUCUACCACUUGGAGUUACUAGGAACCACCCAUAUUGUGACCCGAUGUUCGGAUGUGGGUCAAGUAAUUUAGAUAAAAUUAAAGAGUUGAGUUGGCGGAUUGCAAUAGCGGGUUGUGAUGGAGAUCGACUUUAUGACAAACAAGUAGAGGUGUUUAUGUUUUUAAAAAAACGAGGCGUAGAUGUCGUUGGUAAUUUUAGUAAAGGCGAUUACCAUGGUGUUUUUGUUACUGAACUCGCUAAAUCUCAAAAGCUGUUUGAAUUUGUGAGAAGUGUAUUUUCUUACCUUCGUUAUUGAAUAUCUGUACCUUUUGCUCCUCAUUAAUUUAAGUGAAGUCCCAUUUAAUAACGGUAC